AUGCAAUCCCACACACUCAUCAGAGAUGAGCAAGUAAAGAGAAUGAUUGAUCUGGAAAAUAACACCAUAAGCUUCAAAAAAUCAUCCCCGCCAAUUAGCAACUCAAUAAGUGUAUAAUUUACGCACUUUUUUGAAUCAUCAUCAUUGAAUCCUGAGCCUAUUUCUUAUUUUGAGAUUUCCUUUUCGAGGGCAGGAAACAAAAGAAAUUAAUUUUAUGUCGGAUUGUCAACUGAAGAACUACAUUUCAAUAAGUACUGUGGUGAAUCAGCUGAGUGUAAUACAUAAAACUUUGACGAUAUUUUUUACAAGCAAAGCUCUAGAGAUGAUUAGAUUCGGGUUAAUUUUGGAGCAGAAAGAUUCGAUUACGAUAUUUAGAACAAAUUAAAAGACUAUUAUAGAGAUGCUUUCAACAUUAUUACUAAUGAAAAGAAAGUUUCAACAAUUGACAUAAAGUCACUAGUCCAUGAUUACUUAAUUAAUGAGGGUUGUAUUAAUACAUUAGAGGCUAUUGAUUUACAAGAUGAAAAGUUAUCAAUUAUUAAGGAAAAAGAUUAAGAAAACAUGGAUCUCAUUGAUAAUUAGGUGGAUAGCGGCCAGAUGAUGCUUUAACUACCUAAAAUUGGAAGAUAAAUGAGACUUAAUAGUAUGAAGGAAUUUACUCUUAGUAACAACAAUAAUAAUAAUGCCGAUUAAUCAAUGACAAUGCUUGGAUUAGAAUAAUAAAGUUCAGUUGCUCCCAUAAGGAAUAAUAGAUUUUUAUCAAUGGUUAACGAAAUUGAAGAGGAUAAUACUACUGUAUUUGCUAAUGAUUUUAGAUCAAGAUUAGAAUCAAUGGCUGAGCCUGCUCAUGAAUAACAGCAAAGUUAAAUAAGAUCAAAUAGAUAGCUUGAAGUAAAGUACUACAAUUAUGAUCUUCCACUUAGGAAAUAUCCUAUUAUUAGCUGCUCCUUGCAUUCAAUAGAAUUCAUUAAGCGAUUGAAAGAUAAACAAUAUUAGGAAUGUCUUGAUUAUUUUUAACAAAACUUGAGUAAAUACCAAUAUGACUAUAAUAUUGUCUCUGAAGAUUAAAACGGUAGACCUGAGCUUUGCAAUUAUUUUUUAUUCGAAGAUCUUAGUAAAUCAGAUUAUAAACCUUAUGUCCUAGGUGUUUCACACAACAAAUAAAUAGCAGAUUAUGUAAAUUAAGCUAUUGUUACAUUUGAACACUCUUAAAAAUGUGCACCUCCUUAGCCAAAUAAACGGGAAGCAAAGCACCAAUCUAAAUUGAAAAGAUUAAUUAGUCACACUGCUAUGCUAAUAGAAUGUGUAUCAGAUAGAAAUCGGUACAAAAUAAAGUUACCAUCUUCUCAGGAUUAGAAUAAGCAAUGCGAGCGACAUAUUGGUUUAAAAGUUCCUCAUCAUUAUUUGGCCGACAGCGAAGUAAACAUGUGA